CCGGCCCCUCCCUACCCUCUUCUCCCGCCGCCGCCUCCUUCUUGGGCGCUUCUGCCACCUCUACACGAUCCAGGCCCUCUGUCCCUGAGAAGAAGUCGUGUUCAGUUUCCUUUGUGGGCCCAGGGCGCAGCCAUGGCGGACGGCGGCGGCGGUGGGGGCACGGGCUCGGUGGGCGGCGGCGGAGCGGGCCAGGCCUCGGCGGGGUCGGCGACAGGCGCGACGGGGGCCGGUGGGAGCGGCGGCCCCAUCAACCCGGCCUCACUGCCUCCCGGCGACCCACAGCUCAUCGCUCUCAUCGUGGAGCAGCUCAAAAGCCGGGGCUUGUUUGACAGCUUCCGCCGGGAUUGCCUGGCGGACGUGGACACCAAGCCAGCUUACCAAAACCUGAGGCAGAAAGUGGAUAAUUUUGUGUCAACACAUCUGGACAAGCAGGAAUGGAAUCCUACAAUGAACAAAAACCAGUUGCGAAAUGGUCUGAGGCAGAGUGUAGUUCAGUCAGGGAUGUUGGAAGCUGGAGUGGACAGAAUCAUUUCUCAAGUGGUGGAUCCCAAACUAAACCACAUCUUCAGACCACAGAUAGAAAGAGCGAUUCACGAGUUCCUGGCGGCCAAGAAGAAAGAAGCUGUGCCAGCGCCCCCUCCAGAGCCUGAGAGCCAGGACCCCCCAGCUCCCUCCCAGGAUGCUUCCUAAGAGUAUGUCUGACACCUUUUGGAAGCUCCGUUGAAUUAACUAUGAAGAAAUGGAUUCGGUUACUUAAGAGGACAACUUCAGAAUGAAGACAGGCUGAGGUCGUCACUGAUUUCAACGUACAGCCUUGACUGUGGAGCAGUGUCCAGAUUGAACAGGCAGUGACAGUGGACCGUGUGUGCCCCCUCACUGUGCUCCCGUCUGGUUAGCCUGCCAAAGGGGGUGACAGCCAGUAGACACUACAGAGAUACAAAGAAACACUACAUCAGUCUGGGGUUGUCCUGAAACAAACCUUUAUACUUGAACUUGGAGACUGGAUUUUAGGGUUUGUGCUCAGGGAUCCCUAGAGGGGCUGUAGCUACAGUGAAGGAACAUAACCAGUUCCAAAGAACGACAGUAAAGGUUAGCAUGGAGUAGGAAUUAGUGCUUAACUGUCAACUAGAAUGUUUAAGCUGUCAGCACCAACUAGCUCAAAAGUUGUCAUGACCCUCUUGUACGUGAAUCUUGUUGUAGCUUUGGUUUCCUUUCCUCCGUAAGAGGUGACAACACAUGGGACCGUAGAAUGUGUGAGGAAGUGCAGACAUCAGGUAGAAGGAGAAACAUCUGCAGGCUGUCUGUCCAGGGCUGCUGCUUAUCCUGCAAGGGCUAGUGAGUCUUGGGUGUGUUUAUUUUAUUCUCAUGUUUGUGUUUUUUAGAAAAGUUGAAUGAUCAAUAAAUAGCUUAAGUUUUGUAA